AUGGGCCAGUCGCACAGGAACAGUGGCAUCACUCCUUCGCUUGCCCACCUCUCCAACUCUUGCCCUCGUAUUCUCGUCCUCGCACCAGAUUCCACUCUCCACCACCUGACACUUGACGCACGGCAAGGGGGCAACGGAGGAGAAGGAGGACGAGGGGGCGAAAGCACCAAAGGAAAAGCAGGAGGAGAAACAGGAGGAGGAGGAGUAGAAACAAGGCAGGGUGUGGAACAAGGAAGAGAGAAAAAAGGGGAAUACGGAGGAGAGAGCGUCAGGGAAGGAGACUGGGUAGCAUCAGAACAGGCAUCAGAAGAACCGGAGCAAGCAGGCAAUGGGCUGGGUUCUUGCUCCUCGGCCCUCCCUUCUCUGUCUCCCCCAGGCGCUCCCCUCUGCCCGUGCCUCCCCAGUCCCUCUCGACGUGACCUACUGCCAGUUGCUGCUCGUCAGGAGCAGCAGCUGUGUGUGAUGAUUCCGGUGCAGCCCCUGCGGUACAAGGGAGAGUCCAGACCAGCCACUGAUGGUAGUAGGAAAAGCAGCAAUAGUAGCAGCAAAGGCAGUGGUAGCAGCAGCAGCAGUGGAAGCAAGGACAGUGGUAGCGGCAGCAGCAGCAGCAGGAGCAGCAGAAGUGUUAGCGACAACCAGAAUGACAAGGCAGCCACAUCAAGAAGUGAAAGAAGCAGGCAAGAUUCAGAGAGCAUUCACAGCAGCAGCAGCAGCAGCAGCAGCAGCAGAAGUGGCAGCAGUAGUAGCAGCGGCAGCAAUAGUGGCACCAGCAGCAGUAGUAGCAGGAAAGGAGGUGGUGGGGAGGAGCAAGGUCCCAACAGUGAGGUGAAGAGGACUCUAGACAUGUUCCUCUCGGCUGCUGUCAGACUGGUGAUGCAAGGGGAGCAUGACAAGGCUCUUGAAAUCUUCGACAAGGUGUUGGAGCAGAAGGUAUUCACGGACCAUGCACUGACGUACAGGGGGACAGUCUACGCCCUCAUGCACCGAUACCAGGAAGCCAUUGCUGACUUCACCAAGGCACUGGAGUUCAAUCCAGCCUUCUAUGAGGCGAGGAGGAGGCGCGGACAGACAUACACUGGCAUGGGCAAGAACGAUGAGGCAGUGAAGGACUUGACAGCAGUGAUCGAGGCUCGCCCCACCGACUGGCCCGCAUACAUGGAGCGAGGCAUAGCGCACUUCAAUGCACGGCUCAUCUUCCAGGCCCUCAGCGACCUGCGAACAGUCACCAAACACGAGCCCAAGAAUGCCCAGGCUCUCUUCUUCCUGGCGCAGGCGCACAUGCACGGGGGCGAGUGUGCGGCGGCCAUACCCCUGCUGCACCGGGUGAAGCAGCUGAAUCCCAACUUGAAGGGGUUGCUGGUGCAGCUGGGGCAGGCGUACAAGGAGGAAUCGCGCCUGGAGGAGGCGGAGGAGACGUACCGACAGGCACUGGAGAAGGAACCACAGAAUCUGUUGGGCUACCAUCUGUACUCAAAUCUCAAGCACGGCAUGGGGUACCAUAGGGAGGCGAUGGAGAUAGCUCGUAAAGGGCUGAGACUAGCAGAUGCCAAUGACUUGGAUCUGCGCUACAUGGAGGCCUCCUGCCUGCACGCCCUGGGGUACUUCCCCCAGGCCAUCCAGGCCUACUCUGCCAUUCUCGCCCUGCAGCUGGCCCCAGGCGUGGACCAGACCAAGCAGUUCCAGGCGUUCUACCAGCGCGAGCUGACAGCAUACCUUGCGCAGAGGCGCGGCAAGCCGGUGACAGCAUACAGCAUAGACGACGACAUCCACCCCACGUUCAAGGAGCUUUGGGCCAAGCGCAUUGCCUACGCACCCCUCUUCCCGGGGUACCAGCUCCAGCCGCUCCGCACCGCACUCAAGCUCACCGCACCGGAGACCGGCGGGCACAACGUGAGGUUUUCGGAGGGCGUGCGGAGGGUGCUGGGGGCGGCGGAUGAGCUAGGGAAGAGGACGCAGUACUGGUGUAAUGGGUUUCUGAGGAACCGCAGGCAGCAUCGCAUGGCUGGGCUGGCGAUUCUUGAUGUUAGGGAUAUGGUGAGGGAGACUUGGAAGAGAAUGAGACAGGAGAGGGGUGGGGGGAGUGGUGGGGAGGGAGGGGAGGGAGGAUUGGGAAGGGUGGGAGAAGGGGGAAGUGGUGGAGGGAGUGGUGAGGAAGGGGGGAGUGGUAAGGGACGGCAGAGAGGGAAGAGGCGACAGCAACGCCAGCAGCAACUGCAGCAGCAGGAGCAGCAGGAGGAGGGGCAGAAGGCGGAGCAGGAGCAGGAGCAGGAGCAAGGCCGGGCGGGGAGGAAGAGGGGUGCAGCAGGAUAUGUGCGGCGGUGGCGGGAUAUUUAUGAUCGCGUGUCUCAACACUCGCCCCCCUCAUCUCACCUCCACCUCUUCCCCUCCCGCCCCUGUGCCUCCAUACCCUCUCAUUCCCCCCCCCCCAUGCGCAAGGAGUUUGAGGAUGGCUUUGGAUCCGUCACAGCCAUGCUGGUCAGCCAGCUCAAGAGCACCAAAUACUACUUCGCUUUCGACAGGGCGUUUGAGAUAAUGAAGCAGCAGGUGCGCCAGAGGCACAUGGUGUGGAACGGCUACGAGCAGGCCGUGCCUCUCUCCCAUACCGCCGUGCACCAGGUGGAGCAUGCAGAGACAGCAGAGGAGGCGUGGAAAGCAAUUGGGCAGGACUACUGGGUGGUCACGCCCUGCUACAGCACUGCUCGACCAGGGGUCGUGAUGAACGGCACUCGACUCACUAUGGUCAAGACCCCCACCUACUAUGAGUUUUCUAUCAAGACUCCUGUCGUUCCCACCCGCUGGGACGAGUACGAUUUCGAGAUGGAAACCGCUUGGAAGGAUCUAUGCGAGGGGUAUCUCGAUGAUUCCCUGAAAGCAUCGGAUGUCGACGCGUAUAGAAGGCGAAUCCACCAUGCCAUACUUCGCAUGGGCUUCUAUUGGUACAACUUCAUGCCCAUGGCGCGAGGAACGGCCAUGGUGGGCUAUGUGUCCAUGCUGGGACUCUUCGCUGCGGCAGACAUGCAUGUCACAGCAGACAUUCCCAAGGGAGCCCAGGUUGACUGGGAGGGCAUUCUAACCCCACGAGCCGAAGAUUUCAUUGCAUCCCUAUCGGAAUGGAUGCUGCCCUCCAUUGAUUACAGUUCCCCUGUUUUCACUAAUUUGGCGCACAUCACUGUGGCAGACGCCCUCCCAACCCUGCUGGAUGUCAUAAAUGCUCUAAGCUUUCAUGAAGAGGACAAAAACAUAGUAUAA